GAUGUCGGCUGCUGGGUUGCGACCGCACUGGCUGAAGCUGGUGUUCGGCGCGUGAAGUUCCUGGUCUUUGAUAGCAUGUUCAACAACCUUAUGCUACUCCGGGAGACCCUUGCCUCACUCUUCACGUCCUUCGGCAGCAAUGCCAAGCAUGGAACCGUCGUCGUCGCCUCCAAAGUGAACCUCGCUUCAAACAGGGCCAAGAGGAUCAAUCUCCUGCGUGAGGUCAUGGAAAACCAGGACAUCAAGGAGCUUGUGGAAUGGUAUGGCCCUGACUUGCAUCAGCAAAGCCUGGAGGACCUACGUGCGUCGCUGGGGCGCGUGCCCAGCAUUCCCAUCGCGGCCCUGGACGAUCUAUGGGAGCGGCAGGAGCGCCGUGCGAACGAGCUUUUCCAAAACCAGCUGCCGAGAUGGGAGGAAGUGCAAGUGGAGCUUGCAGAGGACUACCUCGAGAACAAAACAGUGGAAGAGCCUUACGAGAUUCCGUACACAGAGGAGGAGCCUUAUGAGGAGGCGUACGAAUCUGAAGAGUGCUUCUGGGCUCCCAUCAAGAAAACAGUCUUGAAGAAAGACAACUGCCGCAUUGUAGAAGUCUGA